AGUGGCCGCAGAGGGCGCUGCGCGCAUGGCAGGUCGGGCUCCGCGGCCUUCACAUCUUUUUGUCUGAGAACUGGAUCCCUCUGCCGCUCUACAGUGUGCGCGAUAGCCUCGGAGCUGCGUCCGUAACACACUGUCAAACCACUCCAAACGAAUACAGCCGCGACCAAAAGCAUUAAUUCAACACCUUCAGCCAUGGCGUUUCUAAUCUACCGGUAAAUCGGUCGUAUUUGUGACUGUUCGUUGGAACUUAGUCCGGGCUUGUAUCGGGCUUGCUUUCUGUGUGCAUCAGUCUUUAUUAGCGAGCUGCCGCUCUUCUUGCUAUCAGCUAUUUCUUUAACUUUUUAAACACUCAGCUUGGCGAAUGACUGAGCGCCGGCGGAGUAUGGGAUCCUUGGUGUCUUAGGAAGCGACUGAAGUGGGGUUUAACCGUUUUUGCAUGCAAAAACAAUGGCAAAUUCGACGGGGAAAAAUAUACUAGAUCAGCGAAGGAAAGGACAGGCUUUCCUGGACGAGCUGCGGCAAUUUCACCAAAGCAGAGGAUCACCAUUCAAGAAGAUUCCUGUCGUGGGUGGGAAAGAGCUGGAUCUGAAUGCUCUCUAUAUCAGAGUCGUCUCUUUAGGUGGAUUUGCUAAGGUCUCGGACAAAAACCAAUGGAUUGAACUUGCAGAGGAGUUUAACUUUCCAAGGAGUUGCUCCAACGCUGCAUUCGCUUUAAAACAGUACUACCUUCGAUACUUGGAGAAGUAUGAGAAAGUCCACCACUUUGGCGAGGAUGAUGAAGAAGCUCAGCCGGGGAAUCCCAAAGCCUCUCUUCCAGUCGGUGCAAUUCCCAGCUCUUACAACUACCAGCAACACGUUGUAUCAGACUAUCUCCGCCAAAGCUAUGGACUAUCUACGGAUUUCAUUCAGCCGUGUGACUACAACAAACUGGUGCUGUCUCUCCUUUCGGGCCUACCCAAUGAAGUGGACUUCGCUGUUAACGUUUGCACUCUGCUUUCCAACGAGAGCAAGCAUGCCAUGCAGCUGGACAAGGACCCCAAACUGGUCACAUUGCUUCUGGCCCAUGCCGGCGUUUUUGAUGACUCACUAGGCAGCUUCUCUGGGGUGUUUGGGAUUGACUGGAAGGAGAAGACCUCCCGGGACUUUGUCAGGUUCUGGAAAGAGGUGGUGGAGGAUGCUGAAGUCAGGGAGCUGAUCUGGGACAAGAGCAGCUUAACACAAGAUGGUACGUCGUGUGAGGAGCGCUGGCGGAGCCUCUUCCACCCGCCACGGAACUCUGGUAUCAGCGACAUGGAGGCCCAGCGGGUACUGCAGAUUGCCGUUAUCCUGCGAAACCUUUCCUUCGAGGAGACAAACGUCAAGCUGCUGGCGGCCAACCGAACGUGCCUGCGCUUCCUUUUGCUCUGUGCCCACUGUAACCUCAUUUCACUCCGACAGCUCGGACUCGACACGUUGGGCAACGUGGCUGCUGAGCUCCAGCUGGAUCCUGUUGACUUUCGGACGACACACCUGAUCUUUCACACCAUCACCAAAUGCUUGAUGUCCAGGGACAGGUUUCUCAAAAUGAGAGCCAUGGAGAUCCUGGGUAACCUCAGCAAAGCAGAGGACAACGGUGUGCUUAUCUGUGAGUACGUGGACCAGGAGUCGUACAGGGAGGUAAUGAUGCUCCUCACCCUGCCUGAUCUCAUGCUCCUUAUGGCCUCGUUGGAGGUGCUAUACCUGCUGGCCCAGCUGGGAGAUGUUCCCUGCAGCAAGAUUGCCUCCGUCGAUCACAGCAUAGACCUAUUGGUGCGAUUAGUUUCAGUAGACCUUCACACGUUCGGACCCGACGCCCUGACAGCAGUGCGGUUGAUCGAGCAUCAGGCUAACGCCGACCAGGCGGCCGAGGUUCGACCACAGCUGGUAGAGCAGGUUCCUGCAGCCAUGCAGGGAGCUCCAGCACCAGUAACAAGGGUGCCAGUUCAAGCCACUCAGCCACCACCUGGUAUUGUUGAACUUGAUGGGGAGAAAUUUACGCUACAGUGGCUAAACGCACACUUUGAGACGAACUCAGAGGGCUCCGUAUCUCGAUCAGAAAUGUAUUCUGAGUACCUGGCCACAUGCAGCAAAAUGGGACGAAGCAACAUCUUGAACUCUACUGGUUUUCUCAAAUGUCUGCGGACGGUGUUCCCCAACCAUACUAUGCGAAGGCAAGAUGAGGCCAAAGUCAGCAGUCAGGUUCAGAUCCUUCUGGUUGGAUUAAGGCGACGGGCGAUCCCUCUGCCCAUCCAGUUGUACUACCAGCAGCAACAGCAGAGCCCAGCAGCUCCUCCACCUCCAGCAGCUCGACAUGAAGCACCUGGAGACCCUCAGGCUCCGCCUCCAGGGUUGCCACCAGGACAUACUGCUCUUGGCUCACAGUUUGUCCGAGUCCCGGGUCAACACAGCCCUGGUGUCGCCACCCCAUCCGUGGCCUUGACUGCACAGGAACCUUCCCAUGGAAACCACCCGACUGUUCCCCGUCACCCGGUGCCCCUGCAGGUGUCUCCACAGUUGCCACCAAAUCCUCUGGCAGCGCAGCAGCAGCAGAUCCGACCUGGCCCGGUGGUUCAGAUUCCUGCAUCAACUCCGGCCAACCAGAACCACAGCCCUCAGAACCCAGGCCUUCCACCUGCCUGUCAUCAACAGCAGCAACACUCCCCGAUGCUCCCCACUGGGACACCUGUCACGCUAUUUCAGCCAGUACCACAAGGCCACAUCCUCACUGCCAGGGUACAAGGCGUCUGCCCUCCCAUCACCCAACCCCCACCUCUGCCUCAAACCCCUCCUCUGUCUGGGCCUCAGGGCGGAGCUGCCCAGGUAGACCCACAGUGUGCUGUUGCUGCAUCAUCAGCGCCCUCUUCCAUCCAGGUCGGAAGUAGUCAAGCAUUGAGUGUCGCUGGGGUGCCCAAUUCCCAGGGGUCACGUGUUACAUUUCAGAAUAUCGCCCCCAAACCAGCGCCAAACCAGUCAGGUGGCCCAGCAGCCACGAUAGCUCCUCCCAACCAGCAGCCUCAGAGUGUAGUAAUAGUCAGUCCCAAUCCUCAGCAGAAUGCAGCCUACACCCCUGCCAUACACCAGAUUGUUCUCGCCAACCCCUCCACCAUUUCUGGUGCCCAGACGAUCCAGUUAGCAGGGCAGCCUGGAGGUACGUCCAGUCCCUGCCCACCUCCUGCCUCUCAUUCUAAUACCCAGGUCCAGCCCAAUCAAACUGUCAGCCAUGCACUGUCCACGAAACGGCAUCAACAGCAGCAUCAACAGCCGCCCCUCCAAAUCAUUUCCCCAACUCCUUCCUCUCAGCCUACCUCCACUGAGUCCAGCUUGAUCAAACAGCUACUGCUUCCAAAGCGAGGGCCUUCUACUCCAGGAGGAAAGCUAAUCCUACCUGCUCCACAAGUGCCCCCUCCCAACAAUACGAUAACACCAAGCCCACAGGUCAUCUACCAGGCGGGCUACAGCACUCAGAAUCCUCCUCCUCAGCCUCAGCCGCUCAAUGUCCAGCUGGUCCCCGGCCAGCUGCCCUCCGCAGGAGCUCCAGCUCUCCAGACGGUUCAGCUCUUGCCAGGCCAGCUCAUUUCCACAAGUAGUCCAGGGGGAACCGCUAUUAUUCAGGGUCCCACAACAGCUGGACAAGUCACAUUCACCGUGGUCCCCAACACUGGCUUCACCACCUCUACUGCUGCUGUCGCUGCUGUCGGUCAGGGAACCGUUGCUCCGACCGUUCCCUCUCCUCCAUUCUCUGCUGGAACGAUCCCACCCCAUGUCCCAGCAGGUCCACCUCCUACACCACCACUGCCAGCUCCCCUCAGAGGAGACAAGAUCAUUUGUCAAAAGGAGGAGGAGGCCAAGGAUGCCACAGGGCUGCAUAUCCAUGAGAGGAAGAUAGAGGUGAUGGAGAAUUCUUCCUUGGCAGAAGGAGACUCCUCAAACGGUAAAACCAGUAAUGGAGAUGUUGUGGCAGGUGCCAAGCUGCUAAAUGGUCGGAAGUGCAUGGAGUCUAAUCUACCUCCAUACCACUCAGGGAACAACCAGGGAGCACUCAAUGGCCCGGCUACAGAGAAUCAUCCUGCUAACGGAAAGCAGGCCCUCUCCCCGGGCCUGAACACCCCUCUUGAGGGCAACACGGACCCCAAAAAGGCUCUUGUCAAUGGGGUGUGUGACUUUGAUCGGGAGGAGAGUGGUGGCAACUUUAACAAAAACAUUCCAAAUCACAUUGCUUCCAAACAGUACUUGGGGAACGGGGAGGUGGCCCUCUCUGAGAAGAGCCACAGCUCAAACCCGUGUCUCCCCAGUCCUCCUCCUCCCCAGCAGGACACUGCCAAAGCCCAGCAGACUGAGCGCCUGGUCAACGGACCCCAAGCAGUAGGCCACAGGCCUUCCUCGGAAUUAACCAAUGGACCUUUGGGGCCAGGCCACGCCACGCCGGUGCUAAGACAGCAACUGCUCCCCAACUCCUCACUCCCCUCCACUGUUACCUCCCAGAUUCUCGCUGCCUCUCCUGCAAACGGAGUGGCCUCAGAGGCUCGAGGCCUCAAGAGGCCGGCUGAAAACGAGGACCGCAGCUCAUCAUCUUCGAGCAUCCCCAGUAAAGUGGGAGUACGGAUCAUCACCAUCAGUGACCCCAAUAAUGCCGGCAGCAGCUCCACAAUGGUGGCGGUGCCAGCAGGAACAGACCCAAGCACAGUAGCCAAAGUAGCAAUAGAGAACGCCACUCAGCAGAGGAACUGCUCGCCCACUCAGGCAUCUGGCACAACGCCGACAGUUACCCUGUCCCCACCCCUCGCCUCCCAGCCUGCAUCAGCAGGUACCCACAACCCACACCUCCCAGCACAGCAGAACCCUGCAGCACCGCCAGAGCCGGGCAGGAAAGCAGGGCAGAACUUCAAGUGUCUGUGGCAGUCCUGCAGACGGUGGUUUGAAACACCGUCUCAAGUAUUUUACCACGCAGCUACGCAACACGGUGGAAAAGAUGUGUACGGAGGGCAUUGUCAGUGGGAGGGAUGUGAACCUUUUCCCCGACAGAGACUGUCCUUCAUCACGCAUUUACAGGAUAAGCACUGUUCUCGAGAGGCUUUGCUGGCUGGACUCAAGCUAGAGGAGCAGCAGGCACAAAGUCCCAAUCAGACUUCUUCCGAGACCCCGCCAGUGGCAGGCAGCACUCCGGCACAACGGGCACCGAAAGCAAUCGUCAAUCAUCCGAGCGCAGCUCUCAUGGCCCUUCGCAGAGGUUCUCGAAACCUGGUCUUCAGGGACUUUACUGAUGAGAAAGAGGGACCAGUGACCAAACACAUACGACUAACUGCUGCCUUAACGUUAAAGAACAUCGCCAAGCACUCUGACUGUGGUCGCAUGUUGGUAAAGAGGCAUGAGACUCACCUCUCUGUGCUCGCACUAAGUAACAUGGAGGUUUCCACCACGCUUGCCAAAUGCCUUUAUGAACUCACACGCUCGCUUCAGGCUUAAAGCCAAAAGGAAAAACGCCUACCACCCCAUUACCCUCUCCUUUGAUGAGAGGAGCAAGCCACCGGUGAGCCGUAGCAGGUCAACUGCACAGGGUCGGGGUGGGUGGGAGCCGAGGGCCAGGAACCAGGAUGAAGACCCUGAUCCUGCUACAACUCGCCACCCCUCUCAGUCUCCCUCUUAUCCCUCACCUACUUCCUCGCCAACCUGUGUUCAAACCCACACCCUCUCCAUCCGCACAUACACAGGAAAAAGAGAGAGGGAAAGGAGAAAAAAAAAAAAAAAACCCUGCCUUGGGGUCUUCCACCAGCUGCCCACCAGGGGGAGCUCUUUGAAACUGCUUCCCCGAGGGACUCCACAAAACCCCAAACAUGAGCACAUUUUAUUUAAUUUUUUUUUUUUAAUUUUCCUGUUUUUGUGGGGGUUUUUCCCUUCUUCCUCAAAAGAAGUGUGUGAUCUGUGGAUGACUGAAGAGUACAGAUGGGCGGGGCCAGUUGAGUGCGGAACCACUUGUCUCGUAUUAGGUGGGAGAGGACUUAGCUGGCUACUGGCGCAGAGGUUUCUUUCCCUUUUUUUGUGUGUUUUUGUUUUUGUCUUUAGAAACUCGGUAGCUUGGUUUUCUUACUUGAGUCAAUAUAUUUUCACUUAUUUAUUAUAAAUGAGUACCAUUACAAUUAAUGAGAAAGAAUCCUGUAUAUACGUUGUGAAUAUAUAUAAAGAAGAUCCAUUCUUGGCAAUGCAGCCACUGGAGAACUUGCUCUGUGGAGUAAUAGAAGCAUUACUUUGGCAGAAUUUAAUAAAUUAGUAUGUUUUUUUUUUUUUCUUUUCUUUUCUAAUGAUCCCUGGUCACUUGUAUCUAAUGUGAUUCUAUACUCAGCAGUGGAUGAAUGUACUUAAAAACUUGUAAAUAAUUCUGCAAAGGUACUGAUGCUGUAAAGCUUAGGGAGGGGAAAAACAGUUUUUUGUGGAACUGUGACAUUUUUUGUAUUAUAAAACCUUGUAGAACUCAUUUUGCUGGCUGAAAGAGUAUGGAAUAAUAUAUCUCAUGUCAUUUUGUAGAAGAAAAAAAAAUAUUGAAGGUAUUCUCUUCCCUUCCUCUACCCUGACACACCCUCUCCCCCCACCACCACCACGCGUGCACACACAACACAAGGAGCAUAUAUCCACUGUAAGCGUUUUGUCAUUGUACGUGCACUGUGCGCGUACCAAAAUUUUUUUGUAUUUGUAAAUUGGUUUAAAUACAUGGAGUUUUUAUACAGGUUUUCUCCUGUGUUCUUUGCUUUACGUGCAGGUAUGAUAUUUUCUUCACUACUUUUUUCUAUCUUAAUAUAGUGUGGAGUUUUAUUGUACUAUUUUUUCAUUCUUAAUACCAUGCCACAUUCCGGCUCACGUCCUCAGACUGUCCUCUCUACCGUGUGUUGUGUAACAUUUGACUGCCUGUCGUAUUAGCAUCUGACCGGGGCGACCCAACCACCUUCAUUUCUGCGGUGUCAGUAGGAUGUGUGACUAUACAUAGACCUAACAGUCUGUUAGAGAUUGGCUUUAUUUACUUUGGUGACUGUUUAUAGUUUUUAAAUAAAACACUGAACAUUUU